AUGGGAAAGCGCAAAUCCUCGUCAAAGCCUAUGGGGCCCAAGAGGGCUGAUCCCUUACCAACUACCUUCACCUGCCUCUUCUGCAACCACGAGAAGUCGGUAACUGUCAAGCUCGACAGGAAAGCCGGUGUCGGCCAGCUAGACUGCCGCAUCUGCGGACAAAAAUUCCAGUGCGCCGUCAACUAUCUUUCAGCCGCCGUUGAUGUGUACGGAGAAUGGGUUGAUGCUGCUGAGGCAGUCUCGAAGGCGGACGGUGGGAUUGGGAGCGCCGGCAGAGGUUAUGGUGCUCGAAGGCUUACGGACAACAAAAAUACCAUUGACGAGCACGAAGAGAUCGACCACGACGAUUACUGA